UUAUGAGAAAUCUCUAGAAAUCAGAAGUGCAUCAAACCGACGCCGUACCGUCCACCUCCGCCGCCCUCUCUUCCACCUUCCGCCGAUCAAACAAUGGACGAAGAUAAACCUCUGAAGAAGAUGGCGGAGGCCUUCAAGGAAUUGAGCAUCAGAUUAGAUCAAUUCCCCGAAGGAGAAGAAGCCCGCCUCGAACUCUCCCCCUUCUCCAACGCCUGCUCUCUCGUCUCUCCUCUCUUCCGUUGUCUCGGCAUCGCUUUCAAGUUCGCCGAGCUCGAUUAUGUCGCCAAAGUGAAUGAUCUUGCGGGGGCAUCAAAAUCAAUUUCUGUGCUGCCGCUGAUGAUGGAUGAUGAUGUUAAAUCCGAUUGUGUGCGGAAGCCAGGGAGCCACACGAGGAAUCUUUUGAGAGUGAAGCGUGGAAUUGACAUGGUCAAGGUUUUGUUUGAGCACAUCAUUUCUAUACAGGGAAAUUCCCUAAAGGAUCCAGCUUCAAAAGCUUACUCACAAGUCUUUGCUCCAUAUCAUGGAUGGGCCAUUAGAAAAGCUGUAGCUGCAGGAAUGUACGCCCUUCCGACAAAGGCACAGCUGUUAAACAAACUGAACGAAGAUGAAACUUCAGCAAGAAUACAGAUGCAGAACUUCGUAGCCUCGGCAGCUCUAGUCGUUAAGUACAUUGACCAGCUCUUCAUCUCGAGAGGAUUGGGAACUGAUUGGUGAAAAUGGAGGGAUUUGUAUAAUUCUGAACAUCUGAUCUAUUUAUCUUAAUGUCUGUAUUUACUGAUCUAAUCCCAUUUGUAUCUUCAAUAUGUCAAACAUAAGAGUACUUCAUUACUUCGUUGUAUUGGAGAUAUUACCAUGGACACUGAUUGGGGUCUUUUGGUUAAAUCAAAAUCAGAUGUUUCAUUCUUUA